UGCCUGUUAUAGGUCGUCAUCGCUCGUGUGACAGUUCAUCCUAGAGCGGGGGUCGACCGAUCACCCGCUCAAGAUUUUAAAAAUUUUGCGAUAUUGAUUAACGUAAAAUGGGUGACUCCUUGGACGGCUCUGGGGAACCGUCCCCGGAGUCUCAAAUUGUCAUGGUUGUAUCAUAUUCGGUGUUUACUAAUUAUUUAAAAAAGGUCGUAACGGUCCUUGUGCCCGACGAAGAUCUGGUACCACCCUCGUUCAAUACCGCACUCGACGAUAAAAACAAUCAGGAGUCUAUAAGAAAAUUCAUAACCGACUCGCAGGUGUGGGCGCUUUACAUACAAAGAAGUUCGAGCAAAGAGGAAGACAACAAUGAAGCAGAUGAAGAGAAAGAGAAUGUUGUCUUUUAUAUAUCAAAUGAGAUACAUUUUACUAGUCCUAAAAUGGCCUCCUUAGUUUUGACCAAACGUGGAGCUGUGAUUGAAGCUGAUAAAAACAUUCAUUCACAAGUACGUUUAGUUACCUUUUCUGAUGGACCACCAUAUGAGAUGUUGCAUGCAAUAAGUAAAACUAUGGCCCCAUAUUUUAAAAGUUACGUAAAAGAAACAGGCCGUGCAGACAGAGAAGGUGAUAAAAUGGCACCAUCUGUAGAAAAGAAGAUAGCAGAACUUGAAAUGGGUUUAUUGCAUUUACAACAAAACAUUGAUAUACCUGAGAUAUCCUUACAAAUUCAUCCGCUCGUGGCACAAGUAAUUAAACAGUGUGGAGAAGAAAAUCGUAAACCCAAAGUCGCGGAUUUUGGUGAUAAGGUCGAGGAUUCAACAUUCCUGAAUCAAUUGCAGAAUGGCGUUAACAGAUGGAUUAAAGAAAUUCAGAAGGUCACUAAAUUGAAUCGUGACCCGGAAUCAGGUACUGCUUUGCAAGAGAUUUCAUUCUGGUUAAAUUUGGAGAGAGCACUGCAUAGAAUACAAGAAAAACGGGAAAGUAUAGAAAUAACACUGACACUUGACAUACUUAAGCAUGGGAAAAGAUUCCAUGCGACAGUUAGUUUUGAUAUAGAUACUGGCCUACAACAGGCUUUGGCUACCGUCAAUGAUUACAAUCCGUUGAUGAAAGACUUUCCAAUCAAUGAUUUAUUGUCGGCUACAGAACUCGAGAGAAUAAGAACUAGUGUACAGCAAAUAUUCAUGCACUUGAGAAAGAUCAGGAACACGAAGUAUCCAGUCCAAAGGGCGCUGAGAUUGAUAGAAGCAAUCUCCAGAGAUCUGGGUCAGCAACUUCUUAAAGUGUUAGGUACGAGGAGAUUAAUGCACAUUCCGUUUGAUGAAUUUGAGAAAGUUAUGGAACAAUGUUUUGAUGUGUUUAACACAUGGGAUGAUGAAUAUGAAAAAUUAACUGGUCUACUGAGAGAUAUCGUGAAGAAAAAGCGCGAGGAACACAUGAAAAUGGUAUGGAGAGUUUCGUUAGCGCAUAAAAAAUUACAGACUAGGAUGGAACAAAUGCGAAACUUCCGUCGACAACAUGAACAACUUCGAACAGUGAUCGUUCGCGUACUCAGACCUACUGUACGUCAAAAUAAUAGCAACCCUGCAAUAGAAACACCAGAUAACGAUAACGUAAAGAUAGAGUUCGCUUUGGAUGCUGCGGAUGCAAACGCCAUUAGCGAAGUGAAUUUAGCAUACGAAAACGUAAAGGAAAUUGAUUGCCUAGAUAUCACGAAGGAAGGCGUUGAAUCUUGGAAAGCUGCUGUUUGCAGAUACGAAGAUCGUAUCGAGCAAGUCGAAGCGAGAAUUACAGCACAUCUCCGAGAUCAGUUGGGUACCGCGAAAAACGCAAAUGAGAUGUUCAGAAUUUUCUCGCGCUUUAAUGCUCUUUUCGUAAGGCCGCACAUUCGAGGUGCUAUCAGAGAAUACCAGACGCAGUUGAUACAACGAGUAAAGGAUGAUAUCGAAGCAUUACAUGAAAAGUUUAAGGUUCAGUAUGCGCAAAGCAAAUGUUGUAAGAUGAGUACAGUAAGAGAUUUACCACCUGUUGCUGGCUCUAUUAUCUGGGUUAAACAAAUAGAUUACCAACUUACGAUGUAUUUAAAACGAGUUGAGGAUGUAUUAGGUAAAGGAUGGGAAAGUCAUAUUGAGGGUCAAAAAUUGAAAGCCGACGGGGAUAGUUUCCGCAUGAAAUUGUCAACUCAGGAAAUUUUUGAUGAUUGGGCACGUAAAGUGCAACAGAGAAAUCUCGGUGUUACCGGAAGGAUUUUCACUAUAGAAAACGUACGAUCGCGAACGGGUCGUGGUAACAUAUUGAAACUAAAAGUGAAUUUCCUUCCUGAAAUUAUUACGUUAUCGAAGGAAGUGAGGAAUUUGAGAAAUCUCGGUUUCCGCGUACCCUUACCGAUUAUGAACAGAGCGCACCAGGCCAAUCAGUUAUACCCCUUCGCCAUCAGCUUGAUCGAAAGUAUCAGGACUUACGAAAGAACGCUCGAAAAGCUUACCAAUCGGAGUCCCCACUGCCCUACGCUGAAGAUCGAAGAUAAAGCCAGUAUUAUACCUUUAGUUGCCGGAAUGCGAAACGAUGUAUUGUCGCUUAUUUCCGAAGGAAUCUCUCUGAUUUGGGAAAGUUACAAACUGGAUCAAUAUGUGCAACGUCUUUCCGAUGCUGUUGUCUCGUUCCAAGAGAAGGUAGAAGAUCUCGUCGUAGUCGAAGAACAACUAGACGUUGAUGUUCGCUCUAUCGAAACAUGCCCUUACUCGGCAAACACAUUCGCCGAAAUACUUUCAAAAAUUCAAAAAGCCGUGGACGAGUUAUCUUUGAAUAAUUAUUCGAAUUUGAACAUCUGGGUGUCCAGGCUGGACGAGGAAGUAGAAAAGAAUUUAGCAGCCAGAUUGGAAGCGGGAAUCAAAGCGUGGACCGAUGCACUUACCGGUCAAAAGAAAGAAGUUGAUCUGAGUAUGGAUACGGAUGCGCCGUCUCACCCUACUCACAAACCAGGAGGUGAUCCGAACAUUCAAAACCAGAUACACGAAGUUCGAAUAACAAAUCAGACGAUGUAUUUGUAUCCGAGCAUUGAAGAUGCAAGAUUUCAAAUAAUGCAACAAUUAUUCGCCUGGCAAGCCAUUGUUACUUCGCAAGUUCGACUUCAGAGCUCGAGGUAUCAAGUGGGCUUGGACAAGCCCGAAUCUGGUACUUACAGAAAUUUACUUACGAAGUUGCCCAACGGAAAGCAACCUUUAGAAGCAGCUUACGAAGCAGUUGAGUCCAAAAUGAAGGAUAUCGCCGAUUAUGUGGAUCAGUGGUUGCGUUAUCAAGCUCUCUGGGAUCUCCAACCGGACAAUCUGUACGGAAAAUUGGGAGAUAAUAUAAACUUAUGGAUGAAGUGUUUGAACGAUAUCAAGAAGACUAGAGCUACAUUCGAUACAUCGGAUACCAGACGCGAAUUCGGCCCCGUUAUCAUCGAUUUCGCGAAAGUACAGAGUAAAGUGUCUUUGAAGUACGAUUCAUGGCACAAGGAAACGCUUGGCAAAUUCGGAACUCUUCUCGGUAACGAAAUGGUUAGUUUUCACGCGCAGGUAUCGAAGUCCAGGAGUGAUUUAGAACAACAGUCGAUCGAAGCUGCCAGUACUUCGGAUGCGGUUGGAUUCAUUACUUACGUUCAAUCUUUGAAACGUAAAAUGAAAGCUUGGGAAAAACAAGUUGACAUAUAUCGCGAGGGUCAAAGAAUAUUAGAACGUCAGAGGUUCCAGUUCCCUUCGUCGUGGUUGCACGUAGAUAACAUAGAAGGAGAAUGGAGUGCGUUCAACGAGAUAAUCAAGAGGAAGGAUACUAGUAUACAGACACAAGUCGCGUCGUUGCAAAUGAAGAUUGUAGCGGAGGAUAAAGCGGUUGAAAUAAGGACUACUGAUUUCCUAAGCGAUUGGGAAAAGGGUAAACCGGUCGAGGGUCACUUGCGACCGGAUGAUGCGUUACAACAACUACAGCUAUUCGAGAGCAAGUUCGCCAGAUUGAAAGAAGAAAGAGAUAAUGUGGCGAAGGCUAAAGAAGCUUUGGAACUGCAAGAACCGGGAGUAGUAUCCACUACCGAAGACAGAAUGCAAGUAGUAUUCGAAGAACUUCAAGACUUGAGAGGAGUUUGGUCGGAAUUGUCGAAAAUAUGGGCACAGAUCGACGAUACGCGAGAGAAGCCAUGGCUGUCCGUUCAACCAAGGAAAUUGCGUCAACAAUUGGACGCUAUGAUGGCGCAACUUAAGGAAUUACCAGCUAGGUUGAGACAAUAUUCUUCAUACGAAUACGUUAAAAAAAUGCUACAAAAUUACACCAAAGUUAAUAUGCUGAUCGUCGAAUUAAAGUCGGACGCUUUGAAAGAGAGACACUGGAAACAAUUAACGAAACAGUUGCGAGUAAAUUGGGUACUAAGUGAGCUCACCCUUGGUCAAGUUUGGGACGUGAAUCUGCAGAAGAAUGAGAGUAUUGUCAAAGACAUUAUUCUUGUUGCUCAAGGUGAAAUGGCAUUGGAAGAAUUCUUGAAACAAGUACGAGAAUCUUGGCAAACUUAUGAAUUGGAUCUAAUAAAUUACCAAAGCAAAUGUCGAUUAAUACGCGGUUGGGAUGAUCUGUUUAAUAAAGUGAAGGAACAUAUCAAUUCCGUAGCUGCGAUGAAACUUUCGCCUUAUUAUAAGGUGUUCGAGGAAGAGGCGUUGACUUGGGAAGAGAAGUUAAAUAGAAUUAACGCCUUAUUUGACGUGUGGAUAGAUGUUCAACGACGUUGGGUUUAUUUGGAAGGCAUCUUCUCGGGAAGCGCUGAUAUUAAAACUCUGCUACCCGUUGAAACGUCUCGCUUCCAGAGUAUCAGUUCCGAGUUUCUUGGACUUAUGAAGAAAGUAUCAAAAUCUCCAAUGGUGAUGGACGUCCUGAACAUUCCAGGUGUACAGAGAGCACUCGAACGUUUGGCUGAUCUACUGGGAAAAAUACAAAAAGCUCUAGGAGAGUAUCUCGAAAGAGAGCGCACAUCGUUUCCGCGAUUUUACUUCGUGGGUGACGAGGAUCUGUUGGAAAUCAUCGGUAACAGUAAAAACAUCGCAAGAUUGCAGAAACAUUUUAAGAAAAUGUUUGCCGGCAUAGCUGCUAUUCUUUUGAAUGAAGAUAACACCGUCAUUACCGGGAUCGCAUCACGCGAAGGAGAAGAAGUACUUUUUCAAAAUCCAGUAUCCACUGUUGACCACCCAAAAAUUAACGAAUGGUUAACUCUCGUAGAAAAAGAGAUGAGAGUCACGUUGGCGUCAAGCCUCGCAAGAGCAGUGCAAGAUAUCAAACAGUUCAAAGAUGGCAAUAUUAAUGCUCAAGCUUUCAUGAAAUGGUGUGAUAACUAUCAGGCUCAAAUCAUAGUCUUGGCAGCUCAGAUUUUAUGGUCGGAAGAUGUGGAAGCUGCUCUUCAUGAAGUGCAAAACGAUCCAGGCAAAAACUCCUUGGAGAGAGUGUUGCUUCAAGUUGAGGGUACGCUGAACAUUUUAGCGGAUUCUGUCCUUCAAGAACAACCUGCGUUGAGACGAAAGAAAUUAGAGCAUUUGAUCAACGAAUUUGUACACAAACGCACAGUGACACGAAGAUUAAUAGCGAACAAAGUUUCGAACCCGAAAGCGUUCGAAUGGCUGUGCGAAAUGAGAUUCUAUUUCGAUCCAAGACAAACCGAGGUUUUGCAACAACUUACGAUUCAUAUGGCAAACGCGAAAUUCUUCUAUGGAUUCGAAUACUUAGGAGUACAAGAUAGAUUGGUACAAACACCGUUGACCGAUAGAUGUUACUUGACUAUGACUCAGGCUUUGGAAGCUCGUCUUGGAGGUUCUCCAUUCGGACCGGCUGGAACAGGAAAAACCGAAUCGGUUAAAGCGCUUGGCCACCAACUUGGAAGAUUUGUAUUAGUAUUUAAUUGUGAUGAAACAUUCGACUUCCAAGCAAUGGGUCGUAUUUUCGUUGGUCUUUGCCAAGUCGGAGCCUGGGGCUGCUUCGAUGAAUUCAAUCGCCUCGAAGAACGUAUGCUUUCAGCGGUUUCUCAACAAGUGCAAACCAUUCAAGAGGCACUGAAGAGUCAAAUGGAAGGAAAGAAAGAAGGGAUGCUUUGCGUAGAGUUAGUGGGAAAACAAGUUAAAGUAUCCACGGAUAUGGCGAUCUUUAUUACAAUGAAUCCAGGCUAUGCUGGACGAUCGAAUCUACCUGAUAAUUUGAAGAAACUCUUCAGAUCACUAGCCAUGACCACCCCCGACAGACAAUUAAUCGCUGAAGUAAUGCUUUUCAGUCAAGGUUUCAGAUCAGCUGAAAAAUUAGCCUGCAAGAUCGUACCGUUCUUCAAAUUGUGCGAUGAACAACUUUCCAAUCAAUCUCAUUAUGAUUUUGGUCUGCGUGCGCUCAAGUCUGUACUUAUUUCCGCUGGAAAUGUUAAACGUGAUCGAAUUCAAAAAAUUAAGGAAGGUAUGCAGACUCGCGGCGAAACUAAUAUCGACGAAGCUUCGAUUGCUGAAAAUUUACCGGAACAAGAAAUCCUCAUUCAAUCUGUUUGCGAGACAAUGGUACCAAAAUUAGUCGCCGAGGAUAUUCCAUUACUGUUCAGUUUACUCAAUGAUGUGUUCCCGAAUGUAAAUUACACACGUGCUGAAAUGAAAGGACUGAAAGAUCAGAUUAGGAAGGUAUGCAUGGAGGAGUAUUUUGUUUGCGGCGAGGGUGACGAACAAGGAGGAGCUUGGCAGGAGAAGGAAAUGGUCGGUGAGACCUGGGUAGAAAAGGUGCUGCAACUUUACCAAAUUUGCAAUCUGAACCAUGGAUUGAUGAUGGUCGGCCCGAGCGGUUCUGGAAAAACGACAGCGUGGAAAGUAUUAUUGAAAGCUCUAGAGAGAUUCGAAGGUAUAGAAGGAGUUGCCCAUGUGAUCGACCCUAAAGCUAUCAGCAAAGAAACAUUAUACGGUGUGUUGGAUCCGAAUACACGCGAAUGGACGGACGGGCUUUUUACGCAUAUCCUCAGAAAGAUCAUUGAUAACGUGAGAGGAGAAAUUAACAAACGACAGUGGAUUAUAUUCGACGGCGAUGUCGAUCCGGAGUGGGUAGAGAAUUUAAAUUCCGUAUUGGACGAUAAUAAAUUGCUUACGUUACCAAAUGGUGAACGUUUGAGUUUACCACCGAAUGUGAGAGUUAUGUUCGAGGUCCAAGAUCUGAAAUACGCCACGUUGGCUACCGUUUCCCGUUGCGGUAUGGUUUGGUUCUCCGAGGAUGUGCUUUCAACGGAGAUGAUAUUCGAGAAUUACAUGCUACGUUUGAAAAACAUUCCACUCGAAGAUGGUGAAGAAGAUAAUCUCGGCAAGAAGGCAACGGAGAAAGACGAAACUAUGUCUCCCGCGUUAUCUGUGCAGAGAGAAGUUGCUAGCAUUUUGCAAAGCUACUUUGCUCCUGACGGAUUGGUAGUGAGAUGUCUAGAAUACGCGAUGAAACAAGAACACAUAAUGGACUUUACGCGUCUUCGAGCGUUAAGUUCGUUGUUUUCUAUGUUGAAUCAAGCUGUACGCAACGUUUUGCAGUAUAACCAUACACAUACCGAUUUCCCGUUACCGAACGAACAACUGGAACGAUACAUCCCGAAAUGUUUAGUAUACGCAUUGCUAUGGAGUUUUGCUGGUGAUGCUAAGUUGAAAGUUAGAUCAGACUUGGGCGAUUUCGUUCGGUCAAUCACUACCGUACCUUUGCCAACGCAAAGUAACAUUCCUAUCAUCGAUUUCGAAGUUAGUAUCCAUGGUGAGUGGUUACCUUGGAGCAAUAAAGUUCCACAAAUCGAAGUAGAAACGCACAAAGUCGCUAGCCCAGAUAUCGUUGUACCUACCUUGGACACCGUGAGGCAUGAGAGUUUACUAUACACGUGGUUGGCUGAGCAUAAACCAAUAGUGCUUUGCGGGCCGCCGGGUUCGGGUAAAACCAUGACCCUGUUCUCCGCUUUGCGAGCUCUACCUGAUAUGGAAGUCGUUGGUCUCAACUUCUCGUCCGCCACAACGCCCGAAUUGCUGUUAAAAACUUUCGAUCACUACUGCGAGUAUCGUAAAACACCAAAUGGUGUUGUGCUUUCACCAGUACAGCUGGGCAAAUGGCUGGUCCUAUUUUGCGAUGAAAUUAAUUUACCUGAUAUGGAUAACUAUGGAACACAACGCGUGAUCUCGUUCCUAAGACAAUUGGUAGAACAUAGAGGUUUCUACCGAACUAGCGAUCAAGCAUGGGUCAGUUUAGAGAGAAUACAGUUCGUCGGUGCUUGUAAUCCUCCUACAGAUCCAGGUAGAAAGCCUCUCAGUCAUAGAUUUUUACGCCACGUUCCGGUUAUAUAUGUCGACUAUCCGGGAGAAACAUCGUUGAAGCAAAUUUAUGGCACAUUUACGCGCGCUAUGCUUCGGUUGACACCUUCUUUGAGAGGAUAUGCGGAGCCUUUAACAAACGCGAUGGUAGAGUUCUAUCUAGCUUCGCAGGAAAGAUUUACACAAGACAUGCAACCGCAUUAUGUUUACUCUCCGCGUGAGAUGACGCGUUGGGUGCGUGGCAUCUGUGAAGCUAUUAGACCUCUCGACAGUUUGUCGGUCGAAGGUUUGGUACGAUUGUGGGCGCACGAGGCUCUUCGUCUCUUCCAGGACAGACUGGUGGAAGAUUCCGAGAGAGCUUGGACCAACAAAAAUAUAGAUACAGUCGCAAUGAAACACUUUAUGGGCGUGGAUAAGGAAAAAUCGUUAGCCAGACCCAUUUUGUACAGCAACUGGUUAUCCAAAGAUUACGUGCCGGUUAACAGGCAAGAAUUACGAGAUUAUGUCAGGGCGAGAUUGAAAGUAUUUUACGAAGAAGAAUUGGACGUUCCUUUGGUACUUUUCGACGAGGUUCUGGAACACGUGUUACGAAUCGACAGAAUUUUCCGUCAGCCUCAGGGACACUUACUACUAAUUGGUGUUUCUGGUGCUGGCAAGACAACUCUGUCUAGAUUCGUUGCUUGGAUGAAUGGCUUGUCCAUUUUCCAAAUAAAGGUUCAUAACAAAUACACGGGUGAAGAUUUUGAUGAGGAUCUACGUCAAGUUUUAAGAAGAUCCGGUUGUAAAGACGAGAAGAUAGCAUUCAUUCUCGAUGAGUCUAAUGUCCUAGAUUCCGGUUUCCUGGAACGCAUGAACACUCUGCUUGCGAAUGGAGAAGUACCCGGCUUGUUUGAGGGUGACGAGUACACAACGCUCAUGACGCAAUGCAAAGAAGGAGCACAGCGCGAGGGUCUUAUGUUAGAUUCGAAUGAGGAAUUGUACAAAUGGUUUACUGGUCAAGUCAUGAAGAAUUUACACGUGGUAUUCACGAUGAACCCCAGCACGGAUGGUCUUAAGGAUCGUGCUGCAACCUCACCAGCAUUGUUCAACAGAUGCGUAUUAAAUUGGUUCGGCGAUUGGUCGGACAACGCUCUCUUCCAGGUCGGCAAGGAGUUCACCAGUCGCGUGGAUUUGGAAAGACCCACGUGGAGGUGUCCAGACUUCUUCCCCUCGGUUUGUUCCCUGAUUCCAGCGCAACCUUCUCACAGAGAUGCCGUAAUAAACGCUUGCGUUUACGUACACCAAACAUUGCAUAAAGCUAACGCCAGGCUCGCUAAACGUGGCGGUCGAACAAUGGCCAUCACUCCUCGUCAUUAUUUGGAUUUCAUCAAUCAUUUUGUGAAAUUGUAUCAAGAAAAAAGGAGCGAUUUAGAGGAACAACAGUUACAUUUGAAUGUCGGUUUAAGUAAAAUCGCGGAGACUGUUGAACAGGUGGAAGAGAUGCAAAAGAGUUUAGCUAUAAAGUCUCAGGAACUACACGCAAAGAACGAAGCCGCGAAUGCAAAAUUGCGGCAAAUGGUUAAGGAUCAACAGGAAGCAGAGAAGAAGAAGGUGCAAAGUCAAGAAAUUCAACAACAAUUGGCUAUACAAACCGUAGCUAUUAAUCAAAAGAGAGACGAUGUCAUGGCUGAUUUAGCACAAGUCGAACCGGCCGUCAUCGACGCACAAAACGCGGUGAAAUCGAUAAAGAAACAACAUUUAGUCGAAGUUCGUUCCAUGGCGAAUCCGCCGGCGAUCGUGAAGGUCGCAUUGGAGUCUAUCUGCUUGUUGCUCGGUGAAAAUGCCAGCGAUUGGAAAUCUAUCCGCGCUGUCAUCAUGAGAGACAAUUUCAUCAAUACUAUCGUCUCUAAUUUCAGUACUGAGGAUAUAACUGAUGAAGUCAGGGAAAAAAUGAAGCAAAAAUACUUGAGCAAUCCUGAAUAUAACUUUGAGAAAGUUAAUCGCGCUAGCAUGGCAUGUGGGCCUCUCGUUAAAUGGGCUACCGCACAGAUUGAAUACGCGGACAUGUUGAAGCGUGUAGAGCCUUUGAGAGACGAACUUCAUUCGUUGGAGCGACAGGCGGAAACGAAUAAACACAAAGGCGAGGAAGUGAAGAACUUAAUCGCUCAGUUGGAGCAGAGCAUAGCUUCGUACAAGGAAGAAUACGCUCAGCUCAUUUCUCAGGCACAAGCUAUCAAAGCCGAUCUGGAAAGUGUACAAGCCAAAGUAGAUCGUUCUAUCGCCUUAUUAAAAUCGUUGGUGAUCGAAAGAGAACGAUGGGAAGCGACUAGCGAGACAUUUAAGAGCCAGAUGUCCACGAUUAUCGGUGAUGUACUCCUAUCAUCUGCUUUCCUAGCUUACGCAGGAUACUUCGAUCAGCAUUACCGACAGAACUUGUUCAGUACUUGGUGCCAACAUUUACAACAAGCGAAUCUUCAAUUCAGACCAGAUAUAGCAAGAACAGAAUACCUUUCGAAUCCUGACGAGCGUUUGAGAUGGCAAGCGAAUGCUCUACCAACUGACGAUCUCUGCACUGAGAAUGCCAUCAUGUUGAAGCGAUUCAACAGGUACCCGUUGAUUAUCGAUCCAUCGGGCCAAGCAACAGAGUUUAUAAUGAACGAGUUCAAAGAUCGGAAGAUAACUAAGACGAGCUUUUUGGAUGAUUCGUUCAGAAAGAAUCUAGAAAGCGCUUUGCGAUUUGGUAAUCCAUUAUUGGUGCAGGACGUCGAAAAUUACGAUCCAAUAUUGAAUCCUGUUCUAAACAGAGAAUUGAGAAGAACAGGUGGCCGUGUGUUGAUCACGCUAGGAGAUCAAGAUAUCGAUCUUUCGCCGUCGUUUGUAAUUUUCUUGUCCACGAGGGACCCAACGGUGGAAUUCCCGCCAGACAUUUGUUCUCGUGUUACUUUCGUGAAUUUCACUGUUACCAGGAGUUCAUUACAGAGUCAAUGCUUGAAUCAAGUUCUGAAAGCGGAACGACCGGAUAUUGACGAGAAGAGAUCCGAUUUGUUAAAAUUGCAAGGUGAAUUCCAUCUGCGACUCAGGCAGCUCGAGAAAUCUUUGCUACAGGCGUUGAACGAUGCCAAAGGAAAGAUCCUUGACGACGAUUCUGUGAUAACUACUCUCGAAACUUUGAAACAGGAAGCGGCCGAUAUCAGUAAGAAAGUCGAAGAAACGGAUAAAGUGAUAGCAGAAAUUGAAACUGUCUCUCAACAGUACAUGCCACUCUCCCAGGCAUGUUCGAACAUGUAUUUCACUAUGGACAGCUUAAAUCAAGUUCACUUCUUGUAUCAGUAUUCUCUCAAAAUGUUUUUAGAUGUUUUCACCUCGGUUUUAUGUCAAAACCCAAGGCUUUCCAAUAUUACCGAUCAUACACAAAGACUUUCCGUUAUAACGAGCGAUCUGUUCUCUGCUUGUUACGAACGCGUCGCGCGUGGAAUGUUGCACACGGAUAGAUUGACGUUCGCGUUAUUACUGUGCAGAAUACACUUGAAAGGUAUCACAACGGAAUCGACAUAUGAUAGCGAGUUUACAUUCUUCUUACGAGGAAAAGAAGGUGUAUUGAACAUACGGGGACCGAUCGUGCCCAACUUGAGCUCGGAACAGCAAGAAGCAAUGAUACGAUUAAGCCUUAGACUGCCAGCUUUCAGAAAACUAGCCGAAAAGAUACAAGAAAAUGCAGAAUUCAAUGCGUGGUUACAAUCGCCGACACCCGAGAACUGCGUACCGAAGCUCUGGGACGAAGAGAAACCGCUAACGCCCACUGGAACAGCUAUGCAUCAGUUGUUGAUAAUCCAAGCAUUCCGACCGGAUCGCGUAAUAGCUGCAGCGUCUUUAGUCGUUGCUUCAGCCUUAGGUGAAUCCUUCAUGGCUGCUGCAGAAGCGGAACUCGAUUUCGCUUCUGUAGUUGAAAAUGAAUUGAAAGCUACUGUGCCUGCUUUGUUGUGUUCGGUACCAGGCUUCGAUGCUUCCGGCCGUGUAGACGAUCUGGCAGCCGAAUCUGGUAAACAGAUAGCAAGCAUCGCGAUUGGAUCCGCGGAAGGUUUCAAUCAAGCCGACAGAGCGAUAAACAUGGCCGUUAAAGCCGGCAGAUGGGUAUUACUGAAAAAUGUCCAUUUGGCACCGCAGUGGUUGGUGCAACUCGAAAAGAAAUUACACAGUUUGCAGCCACAUACUAGUUUUAGAUUAUUCCUGACUAUGGAAAUCAAUCCGAAAGUGCCCGUCAAUCUGCUAAGGGCUGGUAGAAUAUUCGUCUUCGAACCGCCUCCAGGUAUCAGAGCAAAUCUGUUGCGAACGUUCAGCACCGUGCCGGCAUCAAGAAUGAUGAAACCACCUAAUGAAAGAGCACGUCUCUACUUCUUGCUGGCGUGGUUCCAUGCUAUCGUUCAAGAACGUCUUCGUUACGCGCCAUUAGGAUGGGCAAAACACUACGAAUUCAAUGAGAGCGACUUAAGAGUGGCUUGUGAUACUUUGGAUACGUGGAUAGAGACGACUGCUAUGGGAAGAACCAACUUGCCACCAGAGAAGGUUCCUUGGGAUGCCCUGGUAACGCUACUCUCUCAGUGCAUAUACGGUGGCAAGAUCGACAAUGAUUUUGACCAACGUCUUCUCGCGUCAUUCCUACGGAAACUUUUCACUCCGCGAUCCUUCGAAGCAGAUUUUGCACUUGUUGCGAACAUCGACGGAUUGCAAGGAAGUCAGCGACACAUCACUAUGCCGGAUGGCACCAGGCGCGAUCACUUCCUUAAAUGGAUCGAAUCGUUAUCCGAUAGGCAGACGCCAUCGUGGCUUGGCCUACCGAAUAAUGCGGAGAAGGUGUUGCUUACUACCAGAGGCACAGAUUUGGUGUCCAAAUUAUUGAAAAUGCAACAGCUGGAAGACGAAGAUGAACUAGCUUACUCUAACGAGGAAUCAUUGGACACCCCCAGAGAAGCAGAGGCUGACGGUCGUCCGUCAUGGAUGAGAACCUUGCACAAUUCGGCGUCUACGUGGUUACAGUUGCUUCCAAAGAAUUUGCCAACGCUGAGGAGAACCGUAGAAAAUAUUAAAGAUCCUCUCUAUAGAUACUUUGAGAGAGAAGUCAAUAGCGGUGCUAAGUUGUUGCAAGAUGUGAUCCAUGACUUGGAGGACGUUGUUCUGAUUUGUCAGGCCAAGAAGAAACAGACCAAUUAUCACAGAACCAUGUUAUCGGAAUUAGUAAAGGGCAUUCUACCUGGCGGAUGGAGACGGUACACGGUGCCGAGAGGCUGUACGGUUAUACAAUGGAUAACGGAUUUCAGUCACAGAGUUUCACAGUUGCAAGAAGUUUCACGAUUAGUGUCUCAAGGAGGAGCCAAAGAAAUUAAAAGUUUCCCCGUUUGGCUUGGCGGAUUGUUGAAUCCAGAAGCAUACAUUACCGCAACGAGGCAGUGUAUAGCACAAGCGAACAGUUGGUCUCUGGAAGAACUUCAGUUGGACGUGACUAUAGGGGACAGCGAUAACAUUGCAACAGAUGAUUGUUCGUUCGCUGUAACCGGUCUCAAAUUGCAAGGAGCGCAAUGCAAGGAGAAUCAAUUAUAUCUGACUUCAACGAUAAUGACCGAUCUACCAGUUACCAUGUUGAGGUGGAUACGAUCUACUACCGACGAUGUACGAAAGGGCAAACUGUCUUUGCCAGUUUACUUAAACAGCACCCGUACUGAAUUACUGUUCACCGUCGAUUUAAACAUUGCUCCUAGUCAAGAUCCUCAUAGUUUCUACGAGAGAGGAGUCGCUGUUCUUACAUCCACUGCUUUGAAUUAAAUACUAUUAAAAAGGAAAGUUAGAAUAUAAAAGUAUAUAACGAUAAAAGUAAUACAGGGAAUGGGCAAACGAUCUUCUCAGAAUUACCACUAUGAGUUCUUAUUAAUACUGUAACGUUUCUAAGAGAUAUUUAUUUACGCAUUUGUCCUUAAUUAAUUAUGAAACGAUAGGUAUUAUUAUAAAUCUUAUUUAACUAGCAUAGUAUUGCGUCCACACUAUAAUUUCAUAGUUGAUUAUUAACGAUAUCAUUAACCAGAAAUGUUUGCCCAUUUCUUUGAUCGUACUAAUAUAUAAAAACGUAAAAUAUACAAUGAAGAAUCAUUAUUUAACGUUACAAAAGAAAGUUCUCUUCUACACACUAUAUUAUAAACGUGCAACCCAUUUUAAAAUGGCAUAUUUUACUGGAUAAACAGCAUAAUCGAAAGAGAUGCGAGACAUCUGUUUCCGAGUCGAUGUUUGGAUAUAACGAGGUUGUAAUAUAUAUAUAGUUUAUUUAAUUUUGUAUACGUUGAAAAAACGAAUGAUCGCUUUCUGCAGCAAAGAUACUUUUGCGUUCGCUUAGUGUAAGCGCUAAAGUACUUCAGAAUUUAUAUUAUUUGAAUGGCAUCUAAUAAAAAAAUAAGAAAUAAAAGAUCUAUCACGCGGUUCAAAAAAAGGUAAAACGCUCUGUACUAUUCCUUUGUACUUUGUCUCAUUAGAUAACUGUAAACAUGUCUAUUUCUGUAAUUAAAUGCGAUAUCGAAUAUAAUAUUUAAAAUGUGAA